AUGCGAUUUAGAAACCUCUUACUAAUUCCGUUUGAUUUAGAUUUAAAAAAAGUUCAAAUGGAAAAAAAGUUUCCUGAUGAAAUCUUUAUUGAAUUUUUUCAAUAUAUUUCGGUUGUUGAUCUUUAUCGUGCUUUUUACGGAUUAAAUCAUCGUUUGAAUUCUAUUUUAAUGGAUCGACGUGUAAAUAAUUUGGGUUUAAAUCUUUUUAUAAUGUCCUGUAGUGAUCAUCGUUAUUUAAAAGAAUAUAUUUUACCAAAUCAGUCUAUUCAAACUAAGAUAACGUAUGUUAAAACCGAUGACUGGUUUUCAACAACUAACCGACCUGAAUUAAGUAACCAGCUGCUUUCAAAAUCAUUAUCACUUCUUAUAAAUCAUUAUCCAAACUUACGUUCACUUGUAUUACCAAUGGUUGCUUAUUAUCAUAUUGAACAACUAUUAAAUUUACCAUUCGAAUCUCGUCAACAAUUAACUUGUUUAAAACUUGAAAAACAUCUAUUAUCGCAUAAAGACAGAGUGCUUAAGGCUGAUUUUAUUUCAAAAAUAUCCCAAUGGCAUUACUUUCCUAACUUAAAAAUUCUACAUAUACCGUUCGAUUUCGUUUCACCAACAAUAUCUGUUGGAUUAAACACAAAUCUAAUAUCAUUAAAAGUAAUGAGCUGUUAUACACGUGAAUUCUACUUGUUACUUAAAAAUUUACCAAUAUUAAAAUCAUUUACUUGCAUGUAUCAAAUGUGCUGUAGAGAAAAUGAAAUAGUGGAUUAUAAACAUUUAAAUUUGAUCGAAUUAAAUUUAGAAAUUAUGUGGUUGUCAUUUAAACAUUUGAAAACUAUAUUAUUUAGUUUACCAAAAUUAAAAUUAUUUAAGAUUGUUGCAUGUCACCUAUUCAGAGCAGAAAAAGAUUUUAUAAUGUUACAAAAUUGGUAUGAAUUAUUUAAAGAAAAUGAUGUAUUAUUAAAAACUUUAAAAAAAUUUCAAUGUAAUAUAAAUGUAUCUCCAAAAGAUCAGUAUAGAUUCACAGCCGAAGAAAAUGAACAAUUUAAUAUGUUAAUUGAAAAUAAUAAUAAUAAAUUUAUAUCAGAAAUCAAAUUUAUAUAUACUGAUGGUAUUUUAUGUCGUUUAUACACAGACUGA